CCCCCGGAACCCCGAGUAAAAAUGCGGGUGGGAGAUUCAGACAUAGACUUUUUAAUAGACUCUGGAGCCGCACGAACUGCUGUAAACCAACCCCUUCAGCUGCCUGUGGCAGAUUCCCUCACUGUGGUGGGAGCCACAGGGAAAGGAACUAAGUGCCCAAUAUAUGCUCCAGUGGAAUGUGCUUUGGGAAACAGAACUCUAUUUCACAAACUGGUUUACCUCCUCGAUUGUCCAAUGCCACUAUUAGGACGGGAUCUGCUUUGUCGCUUAGGUGCCACCCUGCAUUUCACUCAAGAUGAAAUAAGUCUCACCUUACCUCCAGAGAAUGCCUGGAUAAUGACACUUGCAAUUGAGCCCUCAGCCAUGCAAGCCCCAGAGUGGAGUCAGUGGGAGAAGCGGGUUUUUCCUCUGGUAUGGGCAUCAGGGAUCCCAGGAAAGGCAGCCCAUCAUACUCCUAUUACUGUUCAGCUCUUGCCAGGAAAAGGUCCAGUGCGAAUUAAGCAGUAUCCAAUCAAAAGGGAAGCCAGAGAGAGAUUGCAGGAAACUAUAGACCAGUUCCUAAAGUGCGGGGUACUUCGAGAAUGCCAGUCAGCUUGGAACACUCCUAUCUUGCCUGUACAAAAGCCCAAUGGCACAUACCGGCUGGUCCAGGACCUGAGAGCAGUUAAUGAGCGGGUUAAGACUGUACACCUCCUUGUUCCAAAUCCGUAUACACUGUUGGCCUCUAUAGGGGGGCAGUACAUCCAUUUUUCAGUCCUGGAUUUAAAGGAUCCGGUUGACUUCCAGUCUCAGGAGAUUUUCUCCUUCGAAUGGGAGGAUGGAAGGAGGGUUAGAAAACAGCUUUGCUGGACAGUGCUGGCUCAGGGAUUUAAAAAUUCCCCCACCCUUUUCAGCCAGGCCCUGGCUAGAGACUUGGAGGAGUGGGACAACGAGGACAAAGUCCUCCUCCUGCAAUAUGUGGAUGACUUGUUAAUUGCUGCAGUGGGUCUAACCUCUUGCCUUAAAGCCACUGUGAGCCUCCUGAACUUUGUUGGACUUCGAGGAUAUCGAGUAGCACAGAGUAAGGCUCAGAUUGCCCUUCCAGAAGUUCACUACUUACGAUUUUAUAUAAGGCAGGGGGAACGUCAGCUGUCAAACGAAAGAAAGGAAACUAUCUGUCAAAUUCCUGUCCCAAGCAAUCGUAAACGGCUCAGGGCAUUUCUGGGUAUGGCAGGCUUCUGUAGGAUAUGGAUCCCAGGGUUUGGACUGUGGGCUAAACCCUUGUAUGAAUGUGUUAAGGGAGCAGAUCAUGACCCCUUUUACUGGUCCUCAGAAGCCGACAAGGCAUUUAAGGUUUUAAAAAGGAAACUGAUGGAAGCUCCAGCCCUCGGUCUGCCAGACCUCUCUAAGCCAUUCCAACUGUAUGUCCAUGAAAGGAAAGGAGUGGCCCUGGGAGUGCUUACUCAGUUAUUAGGCACCUGGAAACGUCCCGUGGCAUAUUUCUCUAAACAACUGGAUCAAGUUGCUAAGGGAUGGCCGGCAUGUUUGCGAGCGAUCGCAGCAACUGCUCUAAUGCUUGGGGAAGCUGAGAAAUUGACACUGGGAGGAGCUGUGCAAGUGUAUACUCCCCACAUGGUUCAAGCCCUGCUGGAUACUAAAGGUGGUCUCUGGCUUACACAGGCUCGAGUUGCUCGGUAUCAGGCAAAGCUUGUAGAAAAUCCUGAAGUUACCUUACAGACCUGUCCCUCCCUUAAUCCAGCUACCCUGUUACCGGAGACAGAGGAGCAGGAACAUGACUGUUUGGAGGUCAUAGAUGCCCAAUAUUCUAGCCGCCCAGACUUAAAAGAUCAACCCCUCCCGAAUGCUGAUUAUGAGUGGUAUACUGACGGCAGUAGUACAGUUGUAAAUGGGCAAAGGAGGGCUGGCUAUGCUAUUGUAUCUCUCCAUGAAACUGUGGAAGCAGAGGGUUUACCUGCUGGGACAUCAGCCCAGCUGGCUGAAUUGGUAGCCUUAACUCGUGCACUUGAACUGUCAAAAGGGAAAAGAGUUAACAUUUUUACUGAUUCCAGAUAUGCCUUUGGAGUGUUACAUGCCCAUGCUGGUCUAUGGAAGCAACGAGGAAUGUUGACAGCGCAAAGCUCUCCUGUCAAACAUGGACCCCAGAUUCUCCGGCUUUUAGAUGCGGUACAGCUCCCCACAGUAGUAGCAGUGGUACAUUGCAAGGCUCAUCAAAAGGGAGAUCAAGAUGUGGCCAGAGGUAAUGCUAGGGCGGAUAGGGAAGCUAGGCGAGCUGCUACCCUGGAACCACUAGAAGCUGAAGAUGCCCAUAUGCAUGCCCUCAUCCCAUCAGUGGGUGAGCUCCCGACUCCUCAGUACUCUGGCAAAGAAAGGGAUCUGGCCGACAGACUCGGUCUCCAGGAAAAAGGGGGGUGGUUCCACUCCCUGGAAGGAAAGAUCCUACUACCAAAGCGCCUAAUUCGGUCAGUGCUGCAGAAACUACAUCAAACCACUCAUGCAGGGAGAGAGGCUCUCUCUCAGCUAAUGGGUAAAUAUUUUUUAACCUCUGGACUUAGGCCUCUGGCCUCCCAGGUACAGGCUGAAUGUUUAGUUUGCCAAAAGAACAACCCUCGACUGGGAGUGUCAGUACUGCCAGCCACUCUGGAGCCUACCCCAGGCCCGGGACUGGUGUGGCAAAUAGAUUUUACUGAGUUUCCCCGGACCCAAGGAUUCAGAUACCUCCUCGUUUUGGUAGAUCGAUUCAGCGGAUGGCCUGAAGCCUUCCCAUGCCGUAAUAACACUGCCAAAACAGUGGUUCUUAAAUUUGUCAAAGAGAUCAUUCCUCGCUUCGGACUCCCCCAGUGGAUGGAAUCUGACAACGGAACACACUUCACAUCCCAAGUCGUUCAAAAGAUAUUGGAUGCCCUACAGAUCCCCUGGAAGCUUCACACGCCAUGGCGACCACAGGCCAGUGGGGUAGUAGAGCGUACAAAUCAGACACUUAAGCGGCACCUCUCAAAGGUUUGCCAAGAGGCUUCCCUUAAGUGGCCUGAUGCUUUGCCCCUUGUUCUGCUCCGCAUUCGCGCUCUCCCUAAGGGCAGGUUAGGGCGUAUCAAGCUGAAGAUUGAUCCCAAUUAUGAUUCAUUUUUAGUUAGACUGUAUAGUGAAUUUAACAUCAGUUGA